AUAUUCUCACAAUUAUAUUCACCACCUUCUUUAUACCAAGUCUCCUAUUAUAUCACCAAUCUUAAAGCAUGGCCGAUAAGCAACCCCACUUGAAUGGUGCUUAUUACGGUCCCGCCAUUCCCCCGGCGGAGCAACCACACUACCGCCCUAGCCGCGAAAGAAGCUGCUGUUGCUGCCUCUUCGGAAUCUUGUGGAAGAUUCUGGUUGCACUCAUUGUCCUCGUUGGCCUCGCGGUCCUCAUCUUCUGGCUGGUGGUUCAACCCCGUUCCUUCAAGUUCCACGUCACGGAAGCCGACCUAACACAAUUUGAUUACUAUACCAACAACAACACCCUUCACUACAACAUGGUCCUCAACUUCACUGCACGCAACCCCAACAAGAAACUCAGCAUAUACUACGACAAAGUAGAGGCAUUAGCAUUCUACGAGGAUGUCAGGUUCGCCAAUUACAGUGUGAUAACGCACAUGAACUCCUUCCGCCAGUACAAGAAGACCACCAGCCACAUGAGCGCCGUUUUCUCGGGGCAGCAAGUGUUGCCGCUCGACAACGACCUAGUCUCAGAGUUGAACCAAGACAAGAGUGGUGGGGUGUACGAGAUCGAUGUGAAGCUCUACUUCAGGAUUAGGUUCAGGCUCGGGGAUGUUAAAACCCGUCGCUUCAAGCCCGAGGUCAAAUGUGAUAUCAGGGUUCCCUUGAGGACCAAUGGCAGCGUAACUUUGUUUCAGACCACCAAGUGUGAUGUCGAUUACUAGGGACUACGUAUUUGAUUUCUUGUGUUGAUUUUGGAAUUUUCUUUCUUUACCCAUUAUUUUAUAUUCUAAUAAUUAUUUAUGUGUGACGACUUUUGGCAUUAGUUUAUCCAUUCUUUGACUAUAUGUAUAUGCUGUAAUGUAUACGUUUUCAUGAAUUAUUAAUAUUUAUUUUUUGUUCCCCUA